UUCUAUUUCAGAACAACAACAAACAUGAAUGGAAAAUAUGACUAUGAAAAUGGAUCAAUGAAAAAAAAUGACAACAAAAAUGACAGAGGUACUGAAGAAAAUGGCAGAAAGUCAGUCUGGCACGAAGCUGUAGAAGUAGAUAUGGACGGCGCGGAUGAUACACUAGGUGUGGAUGAUGAAGCUUGUACGGUAGAUGACGGUAAGGACACGGACGCUGGAGAUGCGGACACAAUAGGCUCAGGUGGAGACAACGAAGAGGCAGACUGCACAGGUGGCUCAGAUGGUGGUGGCAUCACAGCUGGCAGAGUGCCUGGGUCCCGCAGGGAAGCGACAAACUUCAAACUCCCUGGAUCAACAUAGCCCUUGUUAGGAAGGAUGGAAGAGGUACACCCGGGGAUGGAACAUCUAUACGUACAGGUGGUGUUCUUGUGCUUGGCGUCCCAGUGGCGUGCAUACGACUUCCGAGUUGAAAAAAUGGUAGAUCCACAGGACAGGACAGGGCAUGUCAUCCCCUGAGUAUAAGUGAAAGGACAGACAGAGUUGUCAAGCAAGUCAUCAAACUGCAGGAGGUCGUCAUCUCCAAUAAGAAUGUCUAAUACGUCAGUGUCCAUUACUGAAAAUCAAUAAUUCAGUUAUUAAUAACUUGCAAAUAA